AUGUUUGGACAUUGUGUUAUCAUAGGUAGAGAUAAUAAGCUUAAUUAUACCAGUUUAAACAUUGAAUGUAACCAACAAGAUACAUUUCUUUCAUUUACAAUUAAACAAGUUUUCACAAACAAUAUAGAAGAAAAUGCUGACAUUAUUUACUUCAUUCCUAAUGAACCACAAUUCUGUUUUUAUGAUCUUUUGUUCAUUAUGGAUGGGAAAGAGAUCCAACCAAAAAUAUGUCUCAAAGAUGAAUUUCAAAAAGAGCAAAUAGGAUCUCAAAGCGACGAAUACACAUCUACUAUUCAAAAUUAUUUCGGAAGUGGGUACAGUUCAUUCAUUUUAGGGUGCAUCGUCCCAAACAAAGAAGUUCAAAUUCAUUUGAAAGCUUCAAGUAAUGCUGAUAUUAAUGAAAAUGGAUAUUUUUACAAGAUUCCUGUUAAUCGGCAAUAUAUACCAGGAAAAUUUGAGUUUUCAACAAAAAUCAAGACUAGAAAAGAAAUAAAGGAACUUAUUGCCCCAGUUGAUGGCAUCAUGAAUGCAAUUGAUCUUCACAAUAUUUCAUUUGUGACACAAGAGUUACCAAAAGAAAAUUCAAUAUUUAUCGAAACACGCAUAAAAGACAAAGACAAAAGUAUUGCUGUUUCAAGUGAUGGCUAUAUUUCUAUCUCUACAUAUGAAUACUUUGAAGGAAAAAUUUAUGCAAAUUCUGAAUUUUAUUUCAUUAUAGAUUGUUCUGGUUCAAUGGAAGAAUCUCGUAUUAAAAAUGCAAAAUUCUGUCUCAAUCUUCUUAUACAUUCCCUCCCAGUUGGUUGUAGAUUUUCAAUUAUAAAAUUUGGCAGUAUGUAUGAGGUAGUUCUUCCAACAUGUGAUUAUACCGAUGAAAAUGUCGCAAAGGCAAUGGAACAGAUAAAUCAAAUGGACGCCAACAUGGAAGGCACUGAUAUUCUAUCUCCAUUGAAAUUUGUUUCAGACCAAUCAACUAAGGAAGGUUUUAUUAAGCAGGUUUUUCUGUUAACUGAUGGCGAGGACAUACACACAGACCAAAUUUAUGCAUUAGUCCAAGCCAAUAGAACCAAUAACAGAAUUUUUACAAUUGGAAUAGGAUCUGGUGCUGAUCGAAACCUUAUCAAGAAUAUUGCAAGAAUUAGUGGUGGUAACAAUGCUUUGAUUGAAGAUAAUGAUGAAAAAAUGAACGAGAAGAUCAUUGAAUUGCUUAGAAAAGCCAUUUCUUAUGCCAUGACGCAUUUUUGCAUUAAAACCGAAAAUACUCAACCAGAUAUGUGGCCAUCACCUUGUCCACCAUUGUUUGCCGUGAAUUCACAAAACUUCAUCAUCAAAUCUCCUUUUGUUGAAAAAAUCGUAAUUAGUGGACUGGUUGAUGGUAAACAGAUUGAUAUUACGAUUCCUGUUUCCAAAUGCAGUGAAAAAAUAGGAAUAAAACAGCUAUUCUGUAAAAACACCAUUGAAGAUUAUGAAUCACUUCUUUCACAAAAAUAUGAUGCUGAUCUCGAAAAUAAAUGUAUUCAAUUAUCUCUUGAAUCAGGAAUUCCUAGCAAGUUCACAUCAUUCUCAGGAAUUAUAUAUCAAUCAGAAAAUGAAAUCAAAGAGAAUUACCUAAAAGAUAUUGAUACAUCAAAUCCAAUUAUAUCCCUAUAUCUUAAUGCUUUACUCAAUCUCAAGCGCAGAGCUGCGAUAAAAGAAAAUGAUUCCGAACCAUCUGAUUCCGAUCAUGUAUGUUAUAAAUAUCAUGUUGCCUCUGGCACACAGAACUCCACUCAGCAAGGAACAAAAAUUAUUCAGGAAACUUCACCCAUUAAAUGCAGUCACAAAAAAGUCGCUAUAAAGGAAGAUGGAAAUGAUGAUUUUGAUAUGUUUUCUUUCAUUUUAUCACUAAUAUAUUGCCUAUUCUAUUUCAUUUUCCAAUGGCUUGGAAUUAUUCCAACUACAAUUUCCAGAGAAUACCUGAUUUCGAGUCAAAAUGUUGAUGGAUCAUGGAAUAAUUUUGAAGGAAUUGAUCAGCAUAUUAAAUCAAAAUAUGGUCUUAAAGUAGCAUCUACAGUUGCUGUUAUCGCAUAUAUCAGAAAAAUGUUCAAAGAAAACCUGAACGAACAUUCGCCUAUGAUUAAGAAAGCUAUGUCAUUUUUAAGGCAGGUUGAUGAGGAAAUAGAUUGGGAUGAUAUCAUUAACGAAGCUUCAUAA